AUGCAAAUCAAUUUACAUCGCGAUCCCAAGCACCUUAUGGGAAUAUCUGUGCUACAGGCUGAAGUCCGCAGAAGGCUAUGGGCUACCAUCGUUGAGAUGACGGUGCAGGCAGCUUUGGACUCAGCGGUGUCACCCAACCUUCCAGAGUCUGAUACCCUGCCUCCUGCGAACAUAAAUGAUGAAGAUAUUGGAGAGUCUUCCGGUGAACUUCUCUCUCAUCCUAUGAGCACAUACACUACCACCUAUAUGCAACUUCUCCUUCUCGAGUCAUUGCCAAUACGUCUACGGAUUUUGAAUACACUGACUAGUCUCAGCUCGAAAAUAUCAUACCUGGAUGUCAUUGAAUUGAGCUCUGAGCUAACGGACGCUUUAGCCUCAUCUCAAAGGGGUUUAAAGGAAGCUUCAGAUCCGGGGAUCGCACCAUUCAAGCGAAACAUUCUUGAUUAUUUGGUUCGCCGGUUCAUGAUUAUAUUGCACUGCCCGUUCAUGCACCAGGCUCGCACGAACCCUUUAUUGUCCUCAUCUUUGAAAGCCAGCUUAGACGCUGCCAUGGCCAUCAUGUCACCGGAGCCUGAUAAAAGUACAUCCAAACUAAUGGCUACAGGUGGAGGCCUUUUUAGGGAGGGUAUAUGGUGUGCGAUGACCGUGAUCAGCAUUGAGCUCCUGGCGCAAGUUGAAACUCAACGCUUGGAUGGAACCUUGCACCGCAACCACGGCUAUAUCGGACUACUUGAAAAGGUUGUCCGCGAUCUUAAUGUUUUCUCUGCUGAGCGAAUUCGUCAAGGUGAAACAAACAUCAAGAGUCAUAUGUUUAUGAGCAUGAUCAUCGCUCUAGUGGAGGCGAAGCAAACAGGUGCCGAUUGUGAAUUGAGUAUUGCCCAAGGCGCUAAGGAUAGUCUCGAGUUCUGUUGUGGUCUCUUAUUGGAACUAGCCGACACUGCUUCAUUGGCGCAUUCGAGCGACUGUGCAGUGCCAGGGGUCGGGGUUGGCCAACAUGGAGAAUUCGCGCCUGACUUUGACCUGGAUUUGGACUGGGACUUCCUUUUACCAGACUCGGGAUUUCAAUAG